GAGGCUAAGGCCUCUCUCAAAGGCAGCGGUUCAGCGUAUAGGCCCGUGAGUCAACGAGUCCGACCAGCGUAUAAGCCUAGGAAUAGUAGGAGACCAGAUUGUUCGGUGAACGGCAUUUCGGUUCGCAUUCGGUCGUCAGAGCACGAGAAAAUAAGCAAUUAUGGGCGUGGAUGUUGAAGUUCUUUCACCUGGAGACGGCUCGACCUACCCUAAAACCGGACAAACUGUUGUGGUCCACUAUACAGGUACCCUUACCUCUGGGAAGAAGUUUGAUUCGAGCAGAGACCGUGGAAUUCCCUUCAAGUUCAAGAUUGGUAAGGGUGAAGUGAUCAAAGGAUGGGACCAAGGAGUAGCCCAGAUGUGUAUCGGAGAACGCGCUAGACUUACUUGUUCACCUGAUUUUGCCUACGGUUCCCGAGGGCACCCUGGCGUUAUUCCGCCAAAUGCGACACUCAUAUUCGACGUGGAGCUGCUGAAGGUAGAGCCAUGAAGAAUGAAUUUACAACCAAACACAUCAGAUUUCAUCCUGGCGCACAGAAACAACGUUGAAGAAUGUUCGAAACUUUGUCUUAAAAUAGCAUUUUGAAUUAUGACAAUUAGUUAGAUAAUAUCCAUCCACUUCACUCCUAUAAUCGUUUUAUCAAACUUAAUUCAAUGACUUGUUAGCUACGACUGCAUAUGCAUAUAUCUAUGUAUAAGUAUAAAUUUUGUCAAAUGGUAUCUAAUGAAACUAUUGCGCGUCUGAAAUCUACCUUGAUCGUACACAUGUAUACAUUAUUACGUAUAUAUUUGAGUUUCGCACUCAAAGUUCCACUUUCAAACCAGGUGGCAUUUAAAUCCAAAAUUUCUUAUUCGUAUUUGUGAUUGUGGUGAGAAAUAAUUUGUGUCAAUUCACUGUGUUCAACUCAUACUAUUUUUUUCGAUAUAAUAAAACAAACUGUGCUCGUUCCAUUUGAUUAUUUCAGGAUAUCUACUGUCUGAAUUUUUUGUACAAAUUAUUUAAAUAUGGAUGAUAUUUACCAUAUGUAAUAUGCAAUAGACAUAAUUUAUGUGAUCAAAUUCAAUAAACAAUCUGCUAUGUUCAACUGAAAAGGAAACUGAAUUUCAUCUGCACCUUCACUAGAAAAUGAAUCUUAAUUUUUAUUAUGUAUUACACUCCGUUACAAUAAACGCUAAACAAUCAGGAAUUCUUACACGUUCAUUUUUAUUGGUUAAUAUCAAUUAAAUUAAAUAACAAUUCGAUGAAUAUACAUUUUACGCAUAGCAAUAUCUAUUUAUCUACAACUUGGCGAGAAAAUUUUUGGGUUCUCACAGAAUUUUUUAGUGAUACUGUGAUGCAGAAUUAGAAGGAGUUGUCAAGGAAAUGGUCUUUCAAUGCAAUUUACUCACAUAGUCAGGGAUUUAUCAAAAUCGGUAGUCUGUCAUAAAAAGUUCCGGUGAAGUAAUAGCAUUUAAGUAAUUGACACACUUUCCUUGCCAAAGAGAGUUAACAGAAACGAGUUACAUGCCUUUUGAUUUGAUAUUAUCCAUGUACCGUAACUAAAAAACAUCAAAUAUACAUGAUUUUAAUUUUGCAAGUAACAAGCGGUGAUAUUUUUCAGAACUAAUGUUUUAUAACUGCUUUUUAUGUUGAUGAUGUGGCAUAAGUUCCAAUAUGCAUCUCUUUUACGUUAUAGUAUUCUACAGCUCCUAUAUUGCUCAAGUUGUGGUUAUUUCAAACUACAUUUGAGUGUAAAGUUUGUGUAUGUAAGCGACUACUGAAAAUGUAUUUAAUUUAAUGUGUUCUAUUCAAUGCAGUAUUGACUGUUAUUAGUCAUUGAAUAGGUAUGUACAUACACACGCAACUUUAGAGUAUCAUCAAGUAUUUUGUGUUCUACAGUUGUGAUCGCGUCCAAAUGAACUGUAAUUCUUAAUGAUAAUUAGUAUUUGAUCUAUUAUCUAACGAUUCGUAUUGAGUGUAAUUAGUAUAUUCAAUACCUCGUUUUUAGAAAUAAUCGAGUUUGAUCACCAUAGGAAAAUAUCUUGAUAUUCAAGAAAUUUGUCUGGAAAAAUUGUUUUCGAAACCAUUUGAAUUAAUACCUUUAAGUUAUACUAAAAAUUACACAACUAGCCACAUAGCAGUAAACUCUAAACAUUAU